AUGAAAACUUUUGAGUCGGAUGAAGAGGAUGCAGAGCAACUUGGUGCAUAUCAAAAGGAAUUACGACAGCGGGCCAAUGAGAGCAUCCAGGAGCUCAGCACUGUUCUGGAAAAGCCCAGUCCCUUUGCUGAAGUAAUGGAGGGGCCAGAGGGCAAGUACAGUGAGGGAGGUUCCCUUCAUCUACAACCUGUAGAAGACAUUAUUGAAUGGAGCCAGAAAACACAGAGUGAAGCAGUUAACCAGCUAAAAAGCCUUCUUCUCAAACAAGGCAAAGAUAUUCCUCCUCCUUGCUCUCCUUCUAAGAGGCUUUCUCCAUCUAGGAGUGCUCAACAAGAGAGCAGGUCUGGUAAACAUACUUUUCAGGAUUUGGUCCCAAUGAUCCACAACCAGGCAGACUAUAUUCAGCAUCUUGAAGCAGAAGUUAAGUUCUGCAAAGAAGAGCUUCAAGGGAUGAAACAACGUGUGAUGGUGGUGGUGUUGGAGAACGAGAAGUUGCAGUCUGAGCUCAAAUCUAGUGCUGUAGUGGAGUCCCUUAAAGACUUCACUUUUCAGACUGCGAUGAAUGAAAACGUGCCAGCCAAUGGACACAUUUCUUCAAAUAAAUGGAAAAAUGAAAUGGAACAGCUAAAGGUUAUAUAUGCAGCACAAACUGAAAGCUUGGAGACUCAGGUCGUCUCUCUCAGAAAGGAGCUGGCUGCUUCUCUUAAAGAAUGUGAGGAAGUCAGAGUUCGUUUGAAACACAAAGAGAAGCAGUUAGCCCACACCACUAACACCAAUGGAGUCCCCACCGUGGCGGGGCUGUGUCUGAAGUGUGCCCAGCAUGAAGCUGUUCUGGCUGGGACACAUACAAAUGUCCACAUCCAGGCUAUUGAAAGAUUGACCAAGGAACAAGAUGAGUUGAUGAUGGCUCUCCAGACAGUACGUCUAAGUCUGCAGGAGGCACAGCAGAGGGAAUGGUCCGCUUGUCUUCAGGUCAAGCAGGCGGUAGAGAUGACUGAAGAAGCAAAUCUUCAUAAAGCAAGGAUGGAGGUGGAGUACGAACAGUUGUCCCGAGAGUUGGUGCAACAGCGGGAGCGAGUAGAAAGAGAAACACAAGGCCUAAAACAGAGACUGACUGAAGCUCGAGAAGAAGGCCGAGCUGAGUCCCACAAACAAAAAGAGGGGCUAUUAAAAACCGUUUCUAAUUUGACCCAACGGACGGCUGAUUUGGAAGGGCAGCUGGACCGAGCAAGCAGGGAUAAGAGCUCCUUAUCUAAUCAGCUGGAUGACACUGUUCGCAAACUCACUAUUCAAGAACAAGAAAGUACAAGGCUGAAUGUGGAUUUGCGAUACCAGCUAAGCCAAGCCCUGCUGAAGAAAGAGGAGGCAGAGCGAGAACUUGGAGAUCUCACAGCUAAAACACACAGACAGAUAGAAAAGGCUGCACAGGAAGUGGAAAGACUGAACUCUGAGUUGGUUGGCUGUCGGCAACAUUUGGAGGUUGUCCAAAAGGACAAUGGCCAAUGGCAGGCCGAAGCUCUGAGCCUAGCGGAACAGCUGGCAAAUGCCCAGCACCAACUGCACCUCACCAGACAGGAAAUGGAAAAUGCAGAGCGGACAUACAAGGAGAAAAUAGCGUCUGAAAAUCUAACAACGCAGGAGAAGCAGCAGCAACUGAUGUCAGAGCUGCAGAAGACUGAGGCCAAGCACCAAAGGACAGUGACAGAGUUGGACGACCUGCUGAGCUCCCAAGAUGCCCUGAUCAGGAAACUGAAGGAGGAAUGUGUCACUCUGGGAGCUCUCCUGGAGGAGCGCACUGGAAACAGCAGGCGUGAAGUGGAGCAGUUGUCUUUGGAGCGCCGGCGGCUCGCAGACACAGUCCAGAGUCUGAGAGCGCGCUGUGUGGACCUGGAGCAGCAGUGUGUGCAGCACGGCCGCAUGCAUCAGCGCAUGAAAGACAGGCUGCAGCAGUUGGACCGUCACUGUCAAAGCAGCGCUCAGCAGGUGUGCGAGCUGCUGGCCAAACAGAACCAGCUGAUGCACGAGAGGAACGCGCUCACACAGGACAUGCGAGAGCUGCGAGUCGAGCUUCCUGGUGUGAGACAAGUGGACGUUCUGACCACGUGA